GCGGUGUGCCAAAUCAUAUACCUACGACUGUGAGCCGAUCAUCACAGCAAAAAGUUCACGUCGCUACAUAACCUCGCUUGAAGGCAGACGCCGACGACGCUGCUGAGGCUCGAUUAUAUUAUUACGUAUACGCGAGCGAGAGACGAGAGAUUUACCGUAGUGGUCGCUUUUGUCAAACGCAUCGAAGCCAGGAGACUGUCUUGUUGUGGAUCUCUCGUGGAAUCGAACUAUCUAUGGAAAUUAAUUAGAUGAGAAAUAUUUUUUGCAAUUAAAUAAAAAAAUUUUCACACAAGAUCAAGCAUAAAAGUGCUUAAAUUCUUAGAACAUUGAGAGUAUUUGUGCAACGCAUCAUCAAAAUGAAAUGAAAGUUUCAAUUACGUCAUGAAAAAAAUUAAAAGUGCUGUACAGAAGAAACCUAGUCUUGAUGCACUUGAAUUGAUGAGGUUCAUUUGAAGAAUUAUUUGAGUUAUCGACCAACCUGAAAAGUACAAAAAAUGGAUCCUGUACAAGAGGUACGGCAAUUGGAAAUGCUGUGUAAACAGCUCUAUGAGUCUCAAGAUUCAGCUCAUAGAGCAGAAGCAGAAAAAGCACUGGUUAAUUUCCAGAAUGCACCAGAUACCCUAACAAAAUGUCAAAUGCUUCUUGAUAGAAGGGAUUCAGCAUAUGCACAACUCUUAGCUGCUACUACUCUUACCAAACUUGUUUCACGUUCUGCUCAGGGUUUGAGCUUACAACAGAGGCUUGACAUUAGAAAUUAUAUUUUGAACUACUUAGCGACUCAGCCAAAAUUGCCUAGCUUUGUAAUUCAAGCCUUAGUAACCCUUUUUGCAAGAAUAACAAAACUUGGUUGGUUUGAUGUGGACAAAGAUGAAUUUGUUUUUCGAAAUGUUGUCAACGAUGUUUCCAAGUUCCUUCAAGGUUCAGUAGAGCACUGCAUGAUCGGGGUACAAUUACUCUCCCAGCUCACUUGUGAAAUGAACCAAAUAUCGGAAGCUGAUGCCAAUCGAUCCUUAACAAAACAUCGUAAAAUAGCAAGCAGCUUCAGAGAUACCCAGUUAUUUGAAAUAUUUAGGCUAUCUUGUUCAUUACUAGGAACUGCUCGUGAAAACUGCAAAAAUUUGAAUUUUAAUGAUGAAGCACAGCAUGGAUUGAUGACCCAGUUGUUAAGACUCUCACAAAACUGUUUAACUUUUGAUUUUAUUGGUACAUCAACUGAUGAAAGUUCUGAUGAUCUUUGCACAGUACAAAUACCAACAAGUUGGAGACCCGCAUUUUUAGAUUUUGCAACCCUUAAGCUGUUUUUCGAUCUGUAUCACACAUUACCAAACAGCUUGUCGUCACUUGCUCUCUCUUGUUUAGUUCAAAUUGCGUCGGUUCGACGUAGCUUAUUUUCUAACUCAGAGCGGGCAAAAUUUUUAACACACUUGGUCAAUGGUGUAAAACAUACCCUACAAAAUCCUCAAGGCCUCAGUGACCCUGGAAAUUACCAUGAGUUUUGCAGACUUCUAGCUCGAUUGAAAAGCAAUUAUCAGUUGGGUGAACUGGUUAUGAUAGAAAAUUAUCCUGAAGCUAUACAAUUAAUAGCUAAAUUUACAGUUCAAAGUUUACAAAUGUGGCAAUUUGCACCAAAUAGUGUACAUUAUCUGUUGAGUUUAUGGCAACGAAUGGUGGCUUCAGUUCCUUAUGUUAAAGCUACAGAACCUCAUCUUUUAGAAACUUAUACCCCAGAGGUGACAAAUGCUUACAUCACUUCUAGACUUGAAUCAGUGUCUGUAGUAGUGAGAGAUGGUCUUGAAGAUCCCUUAGAUGAUCUUGGUAUGGUUCAGCAACAAUUGGAACAACUUUCAGUUAUCGGUAGAUGCGAGUAUCAAAAAACAUGUACUCUUUUAGUACAAUUAUUUGAUCAAGCUGCAAGAAUAUAUCAAGAAUUGAUGUCUCAAAAUAAUGCUCAGCAAGUAGAUGUUUUGAUACAAGAGGGACAACUUACUUGGCUUGUUUACAUCAUUGGUAGUGCCAUUGGCGGUAGAGUGUCUUUUAAUACCAAUGAAGAACACGAUACUAUGGAUGGAGAAUUAGUUUGCAGAGUUCUUCAGUUGAUGAAUCUCACUGAUUCUAGAUUGUCUCAAGGAGGUUGUGAAAAGCUCGAACUUGCUAUGUUGAGUUUUUUUGAACAAUUUCGGAAGAUUUAUGUAGGGGAUGGUGUUCAGAAAAAUUCUAAAGUUUAUAGACGAUUAUCUGAUGUUUUGGGUUUGAGCGAUGAAGCCAUGGUUUUGAGUGUAUUUAUAAGAAAAAUAAUAACUAACUUGAAGUAUUGGGGAAGAAGUGAGCAAAUAAUUUCUAAAACACUGCAACUACUAAAUGAUUUAUCAGUUGGUUAUACUUGCGUGAGGAAGCUUGUUAAAUUGGAAGAAAUUCAGUUCGUUUUGAAUAAUCAUACGAGCGAACAUUUUCCAUUUUUGGGUAAUAGUGUCGCCGUGACAGAAAUGCGUUGUAGGUCCAUGUUUUACACAUCUCUUGGUAGAUUGUUAAUGGUUGAUUUAGGAGAAGACGAGGAAAGAUUUCAUACCUUCAUGCUUCCUCUUACAGCUGCUUUGGAAAGCCUGGGACAGCUAAUGAGAGCUGCUGAUACUCCCUUGUUUGCAGCUGAAGAAGCUAAAAAGGCUUUAAUUGGUCUAGCAAGAGAUCUUCGAGGCUUAGCAUAUGCGUUUAAUACUAAAACAUCUUACAUGAUGCUGUUUGAUUGGAUAUAUCCCAAUUACACUCCAAUUUUACUGCAUGCCAUUGAACUUUGGCACUUUGAACCUCAGGUUACCACACCAGUGUUGAAAUUAUUUGCUGAACUUGUUCAAAAUCGUAGUCAACGCCUACAAUUCGACGUAUCGUCUCCAAACGGUAUAUUGCUAUUUCGCGAAGCGAGUAAAGUUAUAAGCAGCUACGGAAAUCGCAUUCUUCAAAUAGAAGUUUCUAAGGAUCAAAUUUACCCGCUAAAACUGAAGGGUAUAAGUAUAUGUUUUAGAAUGCUUAAAGCAGCUCUUUGUGGUAGCUAUGUAAAUUUUGGGGUCUUCAGACUUUAUGGAGAUGAAGCAUUGGAUAAUGCUCUUAAUACGUUUGUUAAACUAUUGCUGAGCAUAUCUCAGAGCGAUUUAUUAGAUUAUCCAAAACUUUCGGUGACGUACUAUGGGUUGUUAGAAUGUUUGGCACAAGAUCAUAUGACAUUUUUAUCAACCCUUGAACCUCAGGUUUUCCUGUAUAUUCUCUCCAGCAUUAGUGAAGGCCUUACAGCACUAGGUGCGCUUAAAGACUCCUAUACAGAUACUAUGAUCUGUAAUGGUUGUUGUAUAACUCUAGACCAUAUCGUUACCUACUUAUUUAAACAACUUUAUCAAAAAGCAGGAAUGUAUAGUGGUAAAAAAAAUUCUGUUACACAGAGUGGUGGGGACUUAUUUUUACAAGUUUUAAAGCAGCGUCCUGAAAUUCUACAACAAAUAUUAAGUACUCUGUUAAAUGUGAUAAUGUUUGAAGAUUGUCGAAAUCAAUGGAGUAUGUCUCGACCCUUAUUGGGUCUUAUACUCCUGAACGAAGAAUAUUUUAAUCAGUUAAGAGAAAAUAUAAUCAGAAGUCAAUCGGUAGACAAGCAGGCUUCUAUGGCUCAAUGGUUUGAAAAUCUUAUGGAUGGUAUCGAAAGAAAUUUACUAACUAAAAAUAGAGACAGAUUCACGCAAAAUCUCUCAAAUUUCCGAAGAGAUAUAAAUGAUUCGCUAAAAGGUCCGCCUUCUAUGUCUGCGUGUAACCAAGCCAUGCUGGCUCAUCUCAUGAUGACUUCGUAGUGUCUUCACAGUCAUAUUUGUCACUACAAACUGUCCGCCUUGUUAUUUACAGGUGCUUUGGGCCGAGAGCCUGCCAAAUUGAUACUUGAUUACAAUGCUGAUUAUAUAGUUAUGAUGAAAAAUAAAACUGAUGACACAGCUUAUAAGACUAUGGUGAUGAUGAAUGCGUGUAUGCGCGCGUGCAAGAUGAAAGAAAGGAUUUUGAAAAUAAAUUAAUCUACAAAUAUCAGUGAGAUGAUAAAUUAAAAAGUUCUAUUUUAUUUUUUACCGUAAGUUCUUGACUUACAUUAUGCGGUCACAAUGAUGGUUGAGUAAAAAAUUAUAUAUGUAUGUGUGUGACAGAUUUUACAUUUAGACUGUUAUUUGCACUUAGCCCCUGUUAUACUGCGAACUAAUUUCCGCAAUUUUGCGCCUCAAUAAAAAAAAGAAAAUAUGAAA